CAUUUCACGUUCGUUACUCCAAGGAAAGUAGUUUUAAGAUCGAAAGAAACCCUGGCUGGCUUUGGGGGUGUGAACCUGCCUCGAGAUCUCCACUUCCUCUGAUGACAGUUGUGAACACAAUACAGACCAUAUUAUUUGAUUUUUCCUCCUUCCCAAAAGCGCAACUCGGUCUUUAAUGCGCGGUAAUAGAUGUAACGAGGGUGAAUUUAUCUCACUGUGAAUAGCGAUCGAGCCGACCCUGGAGCGCGAGAGGAGGUCGCGAGCAGCGCCCACAACAGCAGCCAUGAAGCCCGUCUACGGCCGCCCCGACCCCGCCGACACCAACAAGCGGGCCACGUGCUACGUGUGCGGGUCCCCGCGCUGCGCGGAAUAUCCGCUGGCCAUCCGACAGCAGGCGGCGGGGCCCUACUUCCCGUUCCUGGAGACGCACGAGCCCCCCGACGGGUCGGAGCCGCCCUCGGCGGACGGGCGCGUUCUGGCGUGCUUCCUGUGCUACUCGUACCUGACGCAGCAGUGGGACCUCUACGAGCGCGACAAAGUGCCGCCCGUCAAGCGAAUCUACUGGCUUAAACGCGUCGACAACGGCCCGUACACGGGGGUCGAGGUGGGCGUGCAGAGCGAGUACGCCUCGCAGCUGCUGGGCCUAGCGCCCGACCCGCCCGCCGCGGAAUCCAAGCGGGCGGGCGCCAGUGGGGCCGCGCGCGGUCAGCCGCCGCCCGCCGUAGCAGCAGCGGCGCCCACCGCGCCCUUGGAACCCAAACGCGCCCGGGGUACCGCCGCUACCGCUAGGGAUUGCGGUGCCACAGUUGUGCCCCCAGCAGGAGGCGCUGGACCUGUCGCUGGACGGGCGGCGCGGCACGAAGCGCGGGCGCGAGGAGGAGGCGGGCGCCGCCACGCCGCCGCGCGCGGAGGUGCUGGACCUGCGGAUGCCCGACAAGAACGCGCCGACGGAGGUGUGCUACGUGUGCGGCGCGCAGCACAAGAAGGGCACGCUGGUGGGCAUCUUCGCCAAGCAGAGCGGCGCGUGCCCGUUUUUUCCCAGCCUGAUGUUGCACCCGCGCCCCAGUAAGUCGCACCCCAUGGAGGCGUCGGGGCGCGUGCAGGCGUGCCGCGACUGCUUCAGCCACCUGCAGCUGCAGUGGGACGCCUACGAGGCGCACAAGGUCCCGCACGACGAGCGCAACUACUCGCUGCGGCGGCGCGCGCCCCCGCAGGAGGCCGCCGGCUUCGUGUGCUACAAGUGCGGCCGCGAGUGCCCGUCCAGCUCGCUGUGCCUGAUGUACUGCAGACCCAACGCGGACAAGGAGCCCUUCUACCCCUUCAUCCAGCGGCUGGAGGCGCCCGAGGGCGCGUCGCCCAUCUCGCCGCAGGGCAUGGUGCAGGUGUGCUCGCACUGCUGCAAGACCAUCCCGCAGGAGCAGAAGAUGCUGCAGGAGAAGGAGGAGAGCGCGCGAGUCCGGCCGGCGGAGGCGAAGGGCGUUGCGGAGGGCGUGAGCGGGCCACACGGCGGCGGUGCCCCUCCCCCCGCCGCCACGCCGCCCUCGCAAAGCUCCCCGAGGAGGCGGUGUGUUACCUCUGCCACCAGCCGCACAAGGCGCAGGUCAUGCACUGGCUGUCCAUGGUGCUCGACCCCAAGAACCCCGAGGCCAUGUACUUCCUGUUCCUCAAGUACCAGCCGCGGGCGUCGCAGGGCACGGUGAUCGAGGACGGGCGCGUGCUGGUGUGCACGCUGUGCCACCAGCACCUGAGCGCGCAGUGGGCCGAGUACCAGCGCGAGAACGUGCCCCUCGAGCACCGCCAGUUCUCCCUGCGGCACAUGCCCAUGACCUCGCAGUCGCCGCGCCUCACGCCUCACUCGUCUCCGGGCAUCUCCACGCCCACGGACGGAUUACCCCUUCCUGAAAGAACACAAUCGACCGCCUGGGGGCAUGGUGGUGGACAAUGGGCAUUCGGUGGUCGUGUGCAAGGACUGUUACUCUUCUCUCAAAAACCAAUACAUAGAGUUGGAGAGAUGGGGAGUGCCGGUUGAGAAGAGGCAGUACAACUGGAUACAGCGCCCUCCGCCGCCAGAGUUCCAUCGGGACUCCUCUGCCACUGGCCCCAAGCCCGUCCAGGGGCAGAUCUCGGGUGCACAGCCUCAGUUGGCAGACCCUGGGGUAUCUAGCCCAGGCUCUCAUCCAGGGACUCCCCCUGGUGGCUUGUCCCAGCCGAGAGGGGGGGGCAGCCCCAGGGGCUCCCUUGGCCCUCCUCCGGGCUCUUCUAGUGCGGCAGAUGACGGUGUUGAAAGUCGGGUAACUUCAGGUAAGGUGAGUGAGGAACCAGCCUCAUCAGCCAGCAGCACCAUACCAAAGACGUCGACAGUGGUGACAGGGCCCGUAGCAACUGCUUCAGAUGCUUCCUGUGAUGGAACUAUCCCCUCCUGUUAUGCCCCCCUUCAGCUCAAAAUCGGUGUCGCCAGGCAGGGGGGCAAACCACCUCACGCCCUCACCCAGCGAAGCUCAGUGGCGGCCAGUGAAGGUAUCAACUCUGGCGAUGCCAACACCCUCAGAUCCCCCCCAGUGGACCAGCUCGCCCAUUGGAACCAGAAGCCCAAAAGGAACGGGGUCUGGGAGCGUCUCCCCCCCAUCAAAGCCUCAACCCACCACCAGCUUCUAGAGGAUCAGAAGAGUAGGCAGUCUGUCAUAAGAGGAUUCAGCAGCCCGGGAGUGCCCUCGGAGAGCGACUCCCGACCGCAGCUCUCGCCCCACCACCCAAAGCAGCUUCUUUCACCACCACACGAACUUCAGGCGAAAUGUUCAUGAAGACUAGGAUUGCCAGGCCAAGUCUUCCUUCCCUUUACCUCCAUGGGGGUUCAUACCAUUGACCGCAACGCUUCUGUAUUAAAGAAAAUGUAUGCCUUAAUCUUUUUGUUAUUAUGAUGAUUUUAUUUAUUUUUUUAUCUAGGUAGAGCCUUGUCUUGGCCUCGUCUUGCUUUAACAUGAGAAGUUAAGGACCUACAUGUGCAGUCUAUAACGUGCUUGUCAUGCCAUUUGCAAUACUGUAUUCCAUUUUUUUUAUGGUAUUUGGUAUGAAUUUAGCCCAUAGGGGAAAUAUUAACAAAUGGACCAAAAUUUUCAUCUGUAUUCUUUUAGUCAGUAAAAUAGUUAAUUUUUUGUUUGUUAUGGUGUGAUGUUGAAUGAUAAAUGUUAAAAGAAGCAAACUAUUGAUAUUGAGGAACUUUUAAGAUUAUGAAUACAUAUUUAUAAGAAAAAAAAAAUACAUACCAGUAUAUAUUA